AUGUUGAGUAAUCUGACUGCCUCAGGGAAGAAACUGUUGCAGAGUCUGGUGGUGGUGGCACUGAUGAUCCUGUACCCUUUGGCAGAUGGCAAGAUGGUGACAACGCCACCAUCCAUAUUCGUGCCUUCUUCAGAGGUGGUGUUGGGGCGAGAGAGUGCAGUAGAGUGUUGGGCGAAAGGCUUCAGCCCUCCAAACAUCACAUUCUCCUGGACACGAGCAGGCAAAGAGAUCAGAGCUCCUCAAAACUCCCAAACAAACCACACAAAGGAUGGUUUAUACGAAGGUCUCAGCCAGCUGGUGUUCAUUCCUGAACUUGCUGAUCGAAACACUAUAUAUGCCUGUGUGGUGAAGCAUGAAACUCUGGAAAAACCACUUGUGAGAGAGUUCAGACUAAACAUCACCAUCCUCCCCAAAGUCACUGUGUCUGUCGUGCCAUCCUCUUCACAUUCAUCCCCCCUCACUUUAGCGUGUGAAAUCAAUGGAUUCUACCCACAGAAUGUGUCUGUGCUGUGGAUCAGGAAUGGCACUGUCCUACCUGAGUCUCCUCAGAUCCAACAGAACAAUGAUGGAACAUAUAGAAUGCUCUAUUUUCACACUCUCAGUCUGGAGGAAAGAGAGCAAGCUGAACAAGUGCAGUGUGUGGCUCAACAACCUCAUGUAUCCCAACCAGCUUUGAGUUCCAUCAACCCAUCAGCGGCUGAUUCAUUGGUGCAGAAGCUUGUUCUGACUAAAUCUGCAAAAGCCUCAGUGGCAAUGAUGAUAAUCUCCCUGGUACUCGUCCUUCUGCUUUGCUUUGGCUUCUCCUGGAAGAGGAAAGAUGAGAAGCAGAAAAGUUUAAGCGUGUCAUGCAUCAUUCUUCCCCCAAGGGUGGUGGUGGGACAGAAAGGUCGGGUCACCAUCAGUAUAGAAGGCAGAAGAGCAGAUCAAGUUCAAACUGUCUGGUUUCUCAACGAUGUCCCCAUAGUAGAUACGUCUUACACAGUGUUGUCAGAAAGAGCCCCUCUACUGGCCUCUACUGCACUAGGUUAUUACAAACUGCACACGCGGAAGCCCCUGCAUUCGACCGGCCCCACCAAACAGCUCCUUUCCUCCUUCACUUUCAUCCCUAACCUGUCUGUUCAUAAGGGGGCUGUCUUCAAAUGCCAGAUUUCCUAUAAAGGGAAAGACAAGAUUGUGAUGGAGAGAGUGUCGGAGAAGUUUACUGUUCUGUCACCACCGGAGGUUUCAGAAAUUCAACUCUCAGAGCCAAAUGAGGAGACAGGGAUUGUCAUAAUGACUGUUAAGGCCUCCCACUUCCACCCAGACGUCAUCACCUUCCGGUGGUUCUGUGAGGGGGGAGAGCUGUGCCCCGUGGCUGUGCCCUCAGCCCUGGCAGCACCACGUCCUGAUGCCCAAGGCUUCUUCUCAGCCCGGAGCCAGUGCAGGUUACCCAAGACCAAGCUGGAAAGAGGAAAAACUGCAGUGUGGGUCACCGUCCAUCACAUGUCUCUCAAACAGCCUAUCACACGAAAGACCAGAGGGUUCAUAAAGAUGCCCACUGUAUCAGAAAUCAACUUUGCUCACUACCCAGCAAGCCUACAACAGGGACAUUUAACACUGACAUGCAGCAUUACAACCUUCUAUCCUCCUGACAUAACAGUGAAAUGGCUGAAGCGAUGCAACAAUGCGGAGGUGGAAGUUAAGAAAGAGGAAGGGCUGGUGGAAGUAUGGGGGCCAAUCCAGACACAGCUGAGGACGUUUAGAGCCACAGCUGUGCUAAAGGAAGUGGAGAAUGGGCUGAAGGAUGUAGAUAAAGAUGGAGAGAUUGUGUGCAGAGUUGAGCACUGCUCCCUCCUUGGGCCCAUAGAACGAAUCUGGACAAACUCUUACUUUGUGGCUCCCUCCAUCCCUGAGUCCUUGUCUGUUAACUGGAAUAAUGGUGGUGUAGGGGUGUUUUCCUUGUGCCUAUCUGGUGGUGUUCCACAUCCUGAACUGCAGUGGGCUGCAGGUGGAUCCACUCUCACUCCACUCAUCUCCAGAGAGACAGAGAAACUAACAGACAAAGGAAAAAGUGAGCUACACAGUGUCUGUGCUUUGGUGAAGUCUGCAGAACUACAAGGAUGCGAAGCCAACUUUCAAAAUUUAUACAAGUCUCAAUUUCCACUAUCGCAAAGUGAAGUAAUGGAUGAGACAACAGACAGUGAACAAGGACAAGAAAGAGCUUCAAUGACAUCAGACUUCAGAGCGACCACAAGAGAAGCUGGACAGACCGAACUUGAGUCUUUGUACAUAAACACAGUAUAUAUGGGGAAAGAAGGAAAACUGGUGGAGAGAAAGUGUUUGAGAGUCACAGUGGAAAUUACCCAUCCUGCACUUCACCUGCCUGUUUACCGUACUUGGACAGGUAACUGACACAUGUCUAACACGAGCAUCAUUUCAUUACCAGUAUCUAUUAAACUGGGCUGUUUCUUUGGAAUUUAUCACAAAUUAAACUCACCCAAUAUAUUAAAUUUUUUCUAGAUUAUUAUAAUAUAAAUUAUAUUUA